AUGCGAAGUCGCCGCGGGCCAAAGCCAUGGGCUACUGCAGAACAAGAAAAAUUUCUGUUAAGUCUACUCAGCGAAUAUAUUGUUUGUCAAAAGGCAAAAGUUUACACGGUGUUCUUUCGCGACACGUGGGCGGCAUUUGAGGUGCAAUGGCCAGAGCGCGAACGCGCUAUACUGGGUAUCCCUUUGGAGGGCGACCUCACAGAGGACCAGACGAAGUUACUAACUGAAGCUAAGAGUAAUCGUAAAACACAGAUCAAAGUAUGGUAUAGAUGGCAGACUAACGUCGCACGUCUCGCACGAGUAGCGGGAUUCAAAGGGGCGCUUGACCUCAGCGAAACACUGAUUGGAGGAGAUGAAGUAUCAGGACGAGCUCCGCAAGAAGUAGAGGUGUACUCACAGAUUUUCUACAAUGAGCGCGUGAAGCAGGAAGCAGACGCGGCAAUCAAGGCCGAGGGUAUCACAACACGUGGCCAAAAGCUUGCAAAAAGGAAGGACCUCACUCGCACUAAAUAUGCGGCCGAAGAUGAUAGCAUUAAGGCUGAGGUCCAAGAGAGGCACCAAGAAGCCCUUGUGAACUGGAAAAAAAAAUGUGAACUAGCUAAAGCCGGUUUUGUUCCGGAAGUGGAACAAGAGGAAAAGAUCAAAGCCUUCAGCGAACUUGGGGCACAUCUUGAUCGCAUCUUCCGCCACUUGUCCCAUAAGACAGGUGGACUUAAGUUCACAUGUAUUGUGGGGGGACGAAACCCAGCCACGGGAGACAUUGUGGUUCUUGACUACCAUCUCGGAGAGACGGAGAUGGGGGACGAGUUCUCGGCUGAAUAUGCUGGGUUCAGCGAAGUUCAAACAGCCUAUGCAAACUUUGUCAAAUUAGCACUAGCCCAUGACGAUAGGGUGGUGGCUUCAGCACUCAAUGCAGGUACUAUUGCAGAUGAGUUGGCCAACGAGUCGGACCGUGACGAUAUUUUUGGGGAGAGUAGCGAAGAAGAGGAAAAGGUUGAGGAGGAAAAUGUUAGGGAGAAUGAAGAGCUUGGGGAUAUGGACGAUGUUGGGCUGGGGCUGAACGGCGGCCUUUAUGAGUUCAGCGGAGUCAUGGAUGACCAAAGGUCUAUGGUCGACUCAUCAGCAGCACCUGUAACCGCUUGGACCACUACUGUAGCACCAACCAUCACUGAUAAUGAUAUUGUCCUCCCCGCUUUCGACAAAUUCGACAUGUCCAGCUUGGAUAUGUCUGCUAUCGACGAUUUCAUCGCAAACCUACUACCGACAAUGCCGCCCUAUGGCCCAUUCACAUCUGGUCUCGACGAUCUCGACUAUCAUAUUUUACCUGCAUUCUCAGAUUAUACAGCCAUGUCUAGUAAUACACCGCCCUCUCAUUCCAAGCAUCUACCACCUGCUACACCCCUCGCAAGCACCUCCACCAUGAAUGUGACAGAUUCCAACACAUCUGACCCUCUUGCUGGUCUAGAAGAGGAAGGUCCCCGUCGAACAACACGCCGCCAUGUUCCGUCCACACGCGAGCAUGUUCUCAAUGCUAUUGGGUCAUCAAGCGUGCGUGUGCGCCCACCUGUCUCUGUCGAUAAAGAGAACAACAAGCGACGGAAGGGUAAUACUGUUGGCGCAGGCCCGCAGUCCAGAAAGAAACAGAAACUUUGA